GAUUCCGAUGAAUUUGUCAGUAUAAAAGACGAACUGGCUAUCGUUAGAAUCAAAUCGUGUUCACUUCGAUCCAUUGGAAGUCAGCAGUAAAUUCAAAUAGACUUAAACUAUCAAAAAAAGUAUUCGACAUUUGAAUAAAAUGGCUCAUUUUAAAAGCGCAGUUGUAUUGUGUUCGGUGUACUUCAUUGCUGGUGCUUUGGGUCUAUUGAAAACGGAAGAUAAAACUAAGUGUGUCGAUAUCAUGAAUACUAUGCAGAAAAUAUCACCUGAGGGCAAGAAUAUUGUAAAAGCCUUAUUAAAUCAUGACCAAGAUGGAAAUGGUAAUUUUGACAAAAGUGAAAUCGAUGCAGUUUGUGAUAACGAUUUAAAAGGAUAUCCAGAUAUAAGUAAAAUCAAGGCAACAUUGAAUAAAAAGUUGGAAACACAAAAUAUGCUUACAUGCAAUGAAGUGUUAAAUGAAUUCACAGAAUAGUCAACGUCAUAAAUGUCGAGCGAAUGCUCAACGGCGGUCGUUCAAUUUUCGAAGACCUACACGAAAUACUUUUUAUUAAUUUAACUAAAUUUAACUAAAUUUGAUGUUUUAUUUUUUCGCACCUAUUGUAAUAUACAACACAUUUAUGAAUGCAUA